AUGGGCAAAAAAUAUAGCAUACCAGAUUAUACAAGGUUAUUACGUGUGGCAAAACGUGAUAGAGAGGAAAAAGUGCAAGAACUAAAAGAAAAUCAAAAGAUUAAAGAAAGAAAAUCACGCCAUCAUAUGCAUAAUAGAAACAGAAGAGAAAAGCAAAAGGACAAAUCCCAUGCACCAAAUCGCUCUUAUUCUAUACGAGAUUCUCCGAGUUAUGAGCCUUACAUGGAAACUGAUUCAUCUUCAAGUACUUCUGAUGAUGAAGAUAAAGGAAAUAGCAUUGAAAGCAAUGACAACUUUGUUAUUGAAUUUGGCAGUUCCGACAAUAUAUUACAACAAAAUGAAACAACAUUAGAAAAAGGUGAUGAUGAUAAUUCAUCAUAUUCUACACAAAUAAAAAGAGGAUCUUCAUCAAUUACACGGAAAAAUGAAUUGUCGUCUAGAAGUCAAAACUCUACUGCCAGCACUAGUACUGCCUCAAAUAAUGAAAAGCCUCUUCUUAAAAGUCUUACGCCUGCAGAGAAAUUACGUUUGAAACUUCAAAUGGGUUUAAAUAAACAAAUCCAAGUAGAUGAAGAGAAAAAAUUACAAAAAGAACGUAAGCAAAAAAUGGAGUAUUUAGGAGGGGAAGAUCUUGAUUUCGAAUUUACAAACCUUGAAAGAAAAAGUUUGUCUAGAUCUCGUCAAACGUUGGAUCAUUAUAAUAAGUCUGAUAUAUCUAGGGAAAAUUCUACACCACGGUCAACUAUUCCAGAAAAAGACGAUAUUCAUAUUCUUCGUCUUCAUCAAGCAAUCGAAGCAGAUCACGUCAAAGAUCAAGGUCUCGAGAUUUUGAAAGGAAAAAUCGAUCAUCUUAUAGAAGGCGCAAAUAUUCAUCGUCUGAAAGUGAUGGACGACAGUCUAGAUCAAUUUCAAGGUCUAGAUCUACUUGUUCAAGCACGCCAAGUUCCAGAUCAUCAAGAAGAAAUUCCGAUGAGCGCAAAACCUGUCAUUCCAAUCGAACGGAUUCUCGUACCGGUUAUCAAUUUCGUCAAAGGUCAGGCAAAAAAGCUGGCUUCUUUUGAAGUAUUCAGUGCUAAAAAAUUAGAUAAAUAUAUUUAUUUUUUUGAAUUAAUUAAUUUAAGGUCUCCUCCAAAAAGGAAAUCAAUCAAUCAUAGAAAAGAUGAUACUUCUAGAUCGCGUCCAUAG